CAUAAAAAAGCCAAGUAGGCGACCGGGCAACAAGUGAGUCAGAUCCGAGGAGGGACGCGGGGAGUCCGGGAAGCCUGGGACCCACUCAGUGCUAGCCGAGACAUGUUCCGAGAUUUCGGGGAAGCUGGGCCCAGCUCCGGGGGCGGUCCGUACGGCGCCCCUCAGCAGCCGUCUACCCCUGCGGGCCAGCAGAAGUUCCACUUCGUGCCCACCCUGAACACGGUCAGCGGCAGCCACGAGUUCCAGUGGAUGACCCAGCCCCGCUACCUGGGCCCCGGGGCCCAUUACUCCAGGGCCCUCCCCUACCAGCCCUAUGGCCUCCAGGCCCGCCCUGGAGUCAUCCGGGCUGUGGGGCCGCCGCCUGGGGUCCGGAGAAGGCACAACGAACAGAUAAGUCCUGAGGAGGAGGAGAGGAGGAGGGUCAGGCGGGAGAGAAACAAGUUGGCAGCUGCCAAGUGCCGGAACAGGAGGAAGGAGCUGACCGACUUCCUGCAAGCGGAGACGGAUAAACUGGAAGGAGAGAAAUCGGAGCUACAGAAAGAGAUCGAGGACCUGCAGAAGCAGAAGGAGAGGCUGGAGCUGGUUCUGGAGGCUCACCGCCCCGUGUGCAAGAUCCCCGGCGAGGCAGAGGCAGAGGCGGAGGCAGCAGAGGCAACCUCGAGCAGCGGGCCUGCUCCCCCCCGCCGCAGCCGGCCCCAGAUCUCCCUGUCCCCUGGUCCCGUGCUGGAGCCCGAGGCCCUGCACACCCCCACCCUCAUGACCACCCCCUCCCUGACCCCCUUUACUCCCAGCCUGGUCUUCACCUACCCAGGGACCCCAGAGCCCUGCGCCUCCGCGCACCGUCGCAGCAGCAGCAGCAGCGGGGACCCCGGCUCCGAUCCCCUGGGCUCCCCCACGCUCUUGGCCCUCUGAGAGGUCACCACCUUCCCUCCCGUUCCCUUCUCGUUUGGCCCCGUCUCCAAUCGGGACGUCUCGUCUGGGCAUCCCUCGUCUUAGCAUGUCCUGAGCACCUCGGGGACCACGAAGCCCCCUCCAGGGGGCUCAGACUGAGACUGAUGCCAUUUAAGGCAAGGAACACUUAACUGCCUACUGUGCGCCCGAGCUCCCGCUGUAGGCAGGAGCACUUGGGGCUGCUGCCCUCCCCUGACACACAGCUGAGACUUUCAGGGCUGAGCCGGCCUCCGGGGCUUAUUGCUAAUCUUCCUACAAGGCCCUAACCCCCUUCUGAGCUCUCCCUGCCUCCUGACCCUGGGCUCCUUCCCCUGCAGCUCCAGGACACUAAACACUACAACACUGAACAGCCAAUCCCUUCCCAGCAGCACCGGAGAUGGAGCACAUCCCCUCCCCUGCCCCUGGCUCUGGGGCCCUUCUCCUCCCCGGGCAGGGCCCACCCCCGGCAGGAGCCUCCUUGAUGGGCUGGAGUGGCCCCGGCCCUCAGAGCUCAGAGAGGCUCCCCCCAAACUCCCCACGAAACCUGCUCCUUUUCCUGAGGCUGCUAUUUAUUUUCCUAAAGAGACUAUUUUUGUACAAAUGGCCAAAUGGAAUAAAAAGACUGAAGUUGG